CUACCAUUAACCUUUCACCAAAUAACCAAAUAUUCAAUUGAUCAUUCAAUUACUCUUCAAUCAACUAUCAAUUCAUCAUUCUAUCAUUCUACCACUUCGAUUGUACAUUCAGUUAUCGACAAGAGGACUUUGAUCGACUUUUUUCUUAACACCCAAUACCUACGACCAUUUAUCACGAAAUAUUCACAACAAUGGAUCCUUCACAGAACCAAGGUCGCGACCUUAUCUCCCGUCUCCCCAAUGAAAUUCUAUACGAAAUUGUAUACAAGUUAUCGCAGCAUGAUGUGAACAAUUGGUCUCUCACCUCCCGCCAGUUCACCAGAUGCAUCCGGCCGAUGCUAUACAAUCUGGACUUAGGACGGGACCCGUAUAAGAAUGGCAUAUUCCCAUAUGGGGCCAAGAUGUCCUUCCGGUGGGCUUGUCGCCACAGUCUUGGGGACGCGGUACGCUUUGCUCUGGCGCUAGGGGCCAACCCGAAUGUGACCCUUGGUACAAACACGUACCCGUUACUCUUCGCUCUUGAAAAGGGGCGCGAAGAUAUCGCCGUGAACCUCCUAGAGUGCGGGGCGAAGAUAAAACCAGACUUUGAGGUUUCGACUCGUAAUACCCCUAUGCAUUUCGCCACCUCUACCUUCAUGGUUAAGCGUCUCUGUGCCGCCGGAUGGUCCUAUAAGCUAUACGGCACAGAUGAUUGGAGCUUUCGGGACAGAGUGCUAGCGUCGAUGAUCAAGAGCGGUUCAGAAUUCGACGCCGUUAUAGCCUUCCUGGAAAUCGAUGCGGACGGCAAUCAAUACGACAAAUACAUCUAUUCUAUGCUGGCUGCUUGUGCCCGCCAUAGAGCGGAUUUAGCGCGAUUGUUGUUGAGCAGAGGGUUUCGCUUUGGAACAGAAGAGUCGAAGGUUUCCACCGAGCUUGACAGAGGAAGAGAAGCGAAGGCGACAUACCAACAGUUUGGCCUUACAUACGCGCUUCAAGCCGCUGGCGACCGGAACUUCCCAAUGGACCAAGCCGCUUUCACAGAAAUAUUUCGUCUGCUUCUGGAAGAGAUUUCCAAAUUGCCAAAGCACGAUGUACGAUAUGAGCUUCUCUGGCUGGUACUGGCUACGAAUCCCCGUAUCUCGCAGGAAAUUCGUUCUCUUAUAUUCGGGGAUAAGGAGACUUUCGAGCGCGCAAGUCGACGUAACUCGAGCGACUGGCAGAGAUGGACCACAAACGCGCUCAUAAAAAGGGCUCUUGCCAUUUUGAAAGAGAAUCCUGGACGGCCGUUCCUGGGCUAUAUCCACAUUAGCUGGAUAGUCGAUGCUGCGAAGGAAUGCUUACAUUUCGAGUCCAACUUUCAUUGGGACCUCGUCCAACCGGUAAUUAAGAAAGUCUGUCUGCGGGGAACGGCAUUAGAAACCUUCAGUGCCUUGUCGUCGGCUUUCAGCUUCCCGAAUGAAUUUAUCAACCCGAGCAUCACCGACCACGAUGAGGACCUAAUAUUGGAAGUUCAGAAAACCCUGCUUCGUCGAGAAGCUUUUGCGUAUGAACGUUGCUCUGUCCUCUCCACCUCCGCUAGUAUGGCAGCGACUAGGCGUGUGGAACUGCUGAUCAAAAAGCGCAGAAAUCACCGCAACCACUCGAUGACGGCAACAGCGUUUGCAAACAGCAGGGCACUAGAGGCGGCGAAAAAAAUAGAAUUAAUCGAUGACCGGCAUCGUGUCAAUGGGCAACUUUCCGCUAAGGUCCUUAAGGCUCAGCGCAAGAUAAUAAAGGAUCUGGAGUUCUCGUUAAAAUACGAUUAAUUCGGGCUGGGGGAGAAGCAGGCUAUAGUUGGAGUGCAA